AUGCUGAGCAGACUUCACUCCUACUUGCCCAAGCGCACACUUGCGGCUCCGCAUUUCCAAAGUGCAAAAGACGAAACGUCGAUAGACAUCGAAUCAGAAAGCAAAGAUGAUUCCACCAACCUCGUCCACACUCUAACAGAGACGACAGAGACGAAGCGUCAGAUUGGUGUCAUCAGCGCUUUUUUCCUCAUCUUCAACCGCAUGGUUGGAACCGGCAUCUUCGCAACCCCGAGCACGAUAUUCUCGCUGUCCGGCAGCGUUGGUCUUAGCCUCUUCAUCUGGGUUGCUGGCAUGAUCAUCGCCAUGUGUGGUAUGGCCGUCUACCUGGAAUUUGGCACUGCCAUCCCAAAGAACGGAGGCGAGAAGAAUUACUUGGAGUUUGUCUAUCGACAUCCCAAAUACCUCGCGACAGGAUUCUACACAGGAUAUGUCGUUCUUCUUGGAUGGGCCGGGUCUAACUCGGUCAUUUUCGGGGAGUACAUUCUCAACGCUGCUGAGGUCGAAGUCACGAGGUGGAACCAACGUGGAGUCGGGCUAGGCUGCAUCACUGCCGCAUUUCUCAUGCAUGGAUGUGCGCUCAAAUGGGGAUUGAGGUUGCAGAACCUCCUCGGUAUCAUCAAGCUGAUCAUUGUGCUACUCAUUGUUGUGUCUGGCUGGGCUGCCCUUGGGGGUGCUCUCAAGGUGCCAAAGCCCCACAACUUUGACAAUGCAUUUGAAGGAACUACCGGCAGCGCAUAUGGAGUCGUUACAGCCUUAUAUAACGUGAUAUGGUCGUACAUCGGAUAUAGCAACGCAAACUACGCCCUGAGUGAAACGAAGAAUCCAAUUCGCACCCUCAAGAUCGCAGCACCGACGGCGAUUAUCUUUGUUUCGAUCAUCUACAUGCUCGUCAACAUUGCUUACUUCGCUGCCGUUCCUAAAGAAGAGAUCAUAUCUUCUGGCCGUAUUCUUGCGGCAUCAUUUUUUCGCAAUGUCUUCGGAAAACGGGCAGAGCGGGCGCUUUCGGUGUUUGUUGCAUUGUCCGCCUUUGGAAAUGUCCUCAGCGUCAUCUUUUCUCAAGGUCGUCUGGUCCAAGAACUCGGUCGUGAGGGGAUUCUCCCGUUCUCCCGUUUGUGGGCAAGUAACAAGCCGUUCAACGCACCCCUUGCUGGUCUAUUCGAGCACUGGUGUGUCUCGGUGAUAAUCAUGCUUGCACCUCCCCCUGGAGAGGCGUACAAUUUCAUCCUGAAUGUCAUCUCGUACCCCUUGUCCAUCGUCAAUGCCUUUGUCGCCGCCGGACUUCUAUAUCUCUAUGUCAACCCCCACCGUUGGGAAUGGUCUCCGCCCAUCCGGGCCACCUGGCCCGUUACACUGCUUUUCUUCCUCAGCAACCUAUACCUCGUCGCAGCUCCGUUUGUGCCACCCACUGAUGGGCAAAACGUGUAUAAGAAUCUCCCAUAUUACCUGCACUGUGUGGUCGGCAUGGGGAUUAUUGCUGCUGGAGGAGUCUAUUGGCUCAUCUGGGCUGUCCUGCUGCCGCGACUUGGCAAGUACGAGCUUGUGAGAGAAGUCGAAGUCAGUCCAUUGGACGGAUGGGAGAGAAAUGUGUUCUCAAGACGUACUAUAAGUAGAAAAUAA